AUGUCUUCUGUAUCAACCUUGCCAUAUAUAGGAAGUAAGAUUUCGUUAAUUUCAAACUCCGAAAUAAGAUAUGAAGGAAUUUUGUACACGAUCAAUACUCACGAGUCGACCGUUGCAUUGCAAAAUGUUAGAUCAUUUGGAACGGAGGGGAGAAGACAGCCGGAUAUUCCACCAUCAAAUGAAAUUUACGAUUUUAUAAUAUUUAGAGGAAAAGAUAUAAAAGAUGUUACCGUGAGUGAACCUGCGAAGACUAUUCCGGACGACCCAGCGAUCGUUUCCAUGAACAUAGCACCAUCGUCUAAAAAUAAUUUGAGCGAUAAUAUAAAUUAUAACAACAAUGUCAAUAUGAAUAAACCGCUGAAGACUCAAAACAAUAUGAUGCAACAACAAAAUGACAGAAAUAUGAACAUAAAUAAUAGGCGAUAUUUUAAUAGGCAGAAUUACAAUUUUUACUAUAAUAAUAACCCUAACAAUAGUGGUAAUAAUCACAACAAUAAUAACAAUAAUAAUAACAGCGGUAGAAACUUUAACAAUUUUAAAUAUAAAAAUUUUAGAAACUAUGAAAGACCUUACAUUAUCGGGGAGCUGGAGUCCCAACCGAAUCCAGCCCUAAAAAGUAAGUUCAGCCCCGACUUUGACUUUAGUACAAAUAAUCUAAAGUUUGAUAAAAGCACCAUACUAGACGAAAAGAAUAAAGACCCCUUAACGCUGAAUAACAAUAUUCAAGUAGGAGGGUAUGAUAAGAAUUCCAGCUUUUUUGAUAACAUCAGUUGUGAAACGUUAGAUAAACAACAGGCGCACUAUAGAACCAGUGGACACAACCGAAACAACAACAGGAAUAAAAUGAGAAACAAUAGAAAUAACAAAAUGAUGGGGAACUUCAACUACAACUAUUAUAAUAGAAGUCAGAACCCGUUUAACAGGUACCCUGCUUAUUAG